AUGGCCUGUGACAAUGACGAGGAUGCUUUAAAAGUUAUAAUUUUAAGGGAAAUUGUCUAUUCUAUUCCAAUUGUCACAUUUAUUGGCAUCAAAAACUAUGUCCAAGCUUUGGAAGAGUUUCAGGCCUGCCUGACCCUGCAGGAGCAGUACUUGGAAGCACAUGACGGUCUCCUUGCAGAGACUCAUUAUCAGCUGGGCUUGGCCUACGGAUACAACUCUCAGUAUGACGAGGCAGUGGCACAGUUCAGCAAAUCUAUUGAAGUCAUUGAGAAGAGGAUGGCUGUACUAAAGGAACAGAUGAAGGAGGCUGAAGGAUCACCUACUGAAUAUGAGAAAGAAAUUGAGGAAUUGAAGGAACUGCUACCUGAAAUCAGAGAGAAGAUAGAAGAUGGAAAAGAGUCCCAGCAUAGUGGGAAUGUAGCUGAAUUGGCACUAAAAGCUACUCUGGUGGAGAGUUCUACUUCGGGUUUUACUUCUAGUGGAGGAGGUUCUUCAGUAUCUAUGAUUGCCAGUAGAAGAACAGAUGGUGCUUCCUCAUCAAAUUGUGUGAUUGAUAUUUCCCACCUUGUGAGAAAGAAGAGGAAACCAGAGGACGAGAGUCCCCGGAAAGAUGAUGCAAAGAAAGCCAAACAAGAGCCGGAAGUCAAUGGAGGCAGCGGGGAUGCAGUCCCCAGUGGAAAUGAAGUGUCAGAAAGCAUGGAGGAGGAGGCUGAGAAACAAGCCGGCAGCUGCGCUGCAGCGGAGGGCACAAUGGAGGCGGGAGCUGCUGUCGAGACCACUGCAUGUUGA